AUGGCAAGUAACUCCAUCUCCCCCCACCUUCUACUCCUGUCCUUGCUAACUUGCGCCCUAGGUGAAGAUCUCCUUACAUGCCUAUCAUCUGGAGGUCUACGAAACUACACCACAUAUCACAAAGCCCCUUAUGACGAACUCCUCAAUUUCUCUUUAAAUAACCUCCGAUACGCCGGAUCAAACAUCCGUAAGCCUGCUGCAAUCAUCUUACCUGGAAACAAAGAUCAGCUCGUGAUCGCAGUAAGAUGUUGCAAUCAAGGGUCAUGGACGAUCCGACUAAGGAGUGGUGGCCACAGCUUCGAGGCCAUAUCGUCCUACGCAGACAUGCGGUUUGUCAUCAUAGACCUGAUGAACUUAAACCGAGUCACGGUUGACUUAGAAUCCGAGACGGCCUGGGUUGAAGGUGGUGCAACACUGGGUGAGAUCUACUACGCGAUCGGUGCGUCGAGCAAGAUCCAUGCAUUUCCAGCUGGCAUGUCUCCCACCGUUGGAUGUGGUGGCCAUUUCAGCGGAGGUGGUAACGGCCUUUUGGCUAGGAAGUACGGCCUAUCUGCUGAUAAUGUAGUGGAUGCAAUCCUUGUGGAUGCAGGCGGAAGAGUGCUGGAUCGUGAAACCAUGGGAGAGGACGUGUUCUGGGCGAUCCGAGGCGGUGGAGGUGGCGGUUGGGGUGCAGUUUAUGCUUGGAAGAUCCGAUUAGUGAAAGUUCCAGAAAAUGUCACCGCUUUCCUCAUUAACAGGCGUGGGACGAGAAAUCUUAUGGCUAAGUUAAUUUACGAAUGGCAGCUUGUGGCGCCGAUGUUAGAGGAUGAAUUCAAUAUAAAUAUCAACGUGUUGGGAUCGCGUGAAAUUACAUUGAUUUUCAGGGGAUUGUAUCUCGGGCCUGCUUCAAAGGCUCUUGAUUCUAUAACCCGGGUAUUUCCCAGACUGGGUGUUACAGAAGGAGAGUUUAAAGAGAUGAGCUGGGUUGAAUCGGUUGUUUAUCUGUGGGGCAUGAAGGAGGUGCAGACCGUGGAAGAUAUGAAGAACCGGAGCACAUCCCAGAAAGCAUACUACAAGGCAAAAUUCGAUUAUGUAAGGGAUCUGAUUCCGAUGGCUGGGAUUGAAGGGGCAUUGAAGAUGAUGAAGAAGGAUUCUGGUGGGCUACUCGCAUUCGUCCCAUACGGUGGGAAGAUGAGUCGGAUAGCUAGCGAUGCUAUUGCGUUUCCACACAGAGAAGGCAACAUGUAUGGCAUUCUGUACUACAUGGCGUGGAAUGAAGGAGAUGAUCGGCGGAGGACGAAACACAUGGAUUGGAUCAGAGGGCUUUAUGAGUACAUGGGGCCGUUCGUUUCGAAGGAUCCAAGGGCUGUUUAUGUGAAUUGCUUGGACCUUGAUCUUGGAGUGAUGGAGUGGAUGAAGGGUAGGGAUGAUGCUGUGGAGAUUGCAAAGUCGUGGGGUGAGAAGUAUUUCGUGGGGAAUUAUGAUAGAUUGGUGAGAAUAAAGACGUUGAUUGAUCCUAAUAACGUCUUUAGACACCCACAAAGUGUUCCUCCCCUGAGCCGUCGCAGCUUGUGAUGCUGAAGAAGAGACAGAAUAAGGAAGAGGGAAUGGGUAUGUCCUGUUGAGAUGUUUGCAUGGUCAACUGACCUGUCCCAUUUUUCUUCUUCUUCUUCUUCUUUUUUUAUUUAUGUACACAGUGUUUUCCACCUGAAACAGGGCUCAGAUGUGACACACGCAUUCCAGGUUCGCACGUGUCGCUACGUGUGGAGGGAAGGAUGUGGAGCCCUAAAACUAUCGUUUAGCUUAUAUCGUGUUUGAAUUUGGUAAAUAAUUGUGCUUUUGUC